UUUUUUCUUUAGCAUGAUGAUGAGCGUCCUGAUUCGGGCCGCCCUGCCGCCGCAUUCUGCGGGGUUGAGACCGUUCAGCAGGCGCUUUGGUGGCGCUGGGCUUCGGCAGCUGUGCUCGGGCCCGGGUGUGUGGCGUGCGGCCGAGGAGCGGGGGGCGCAGACUUUCGUGGAGUCCCUGAGCGCCUGGAGCCCCCGCGCCCUGGAGGAGAUGUGCGAGCUUGCCAGUCGGGAGUACCUGAAAAUGGGCCGCGUGUGUGCCAGGCAACCAAGGGAUGCCAAAGCCUACUUCCGUAACAAAGCGAGAAAGGUGGUGGAGUCUCGUAUCGUCCAUCCCGAGAGGAAGGAUCACCUCCUCCAGAAAUUGGAGCUCUGCUACCAUGACAUCGAGCUGCUGCAGGGGUACCUGCAGGAGGCUCUUCAGCAGGCGAAUGGAAUCGAUGACGAUUUAGCUGAGCUGGACGAGCUGGACAUGCUUUCAGUGAGGCCAGAGCUGCUGCCCUCGGGCACCGAGACACGGCCGCUGGAAGAGCAGUGGGUCAUGGAUGUGGAGGUUGAGCAGUGGCGGCGGGCAGAGGUACCAAGGGGCUGCCACGUGCCCGACCCCGUGCGAAGCAUCCUGCUCAGCAACCUGCCCCACCCAUGCCAGGAACUGGAUCUGGAGGUGGGGCUGCAGCCCUGUGGCGCCAUCUCCUCCAUCCAGCUCUGCAAUGAGUGGCAGGAGAUGCAAGACAGGCUUAGCCAGCCCGAGGAGGCGCCAGGCUUGGCGAAGGCGCCAGCGCGCUUCAGGAUGCCCUAUGCCUUUGUGGAGUUCACCGCAGAGUCCGCGCGGCGCAAGGCCACGCGGAAGCUGUCCGGUCUGUCGUCUUGGUCCUCUUCGGCGCUCGUGCAAAUGAGGCCCAGGCUGAACGGCAUCCUUUUCAGAGAGGUGCUCCGGGUGAAGAGGACAAAGUGGAAAGAUGAGGUUGUGGCAAGACCCUGCUACCCACAGGACGUGCGUUCCAAACGCUGCCUGCUGCUGCGGGGUUUGCCCUGGUCUAUGCAGCCCAGCGAGGUGCUGAAGGCGGUCCUGGACCAGCUGGGCUGUAACGGGCGAUUAUUGAACUGCCGGGCCUUCAAGGGAGCAGGCGGCCGCCAGCUUCUGCGGCUGCAGGUGCAGGC